AAAAGGACAUGUUCUAGCCAACCGGACUUUCUACCCUGAAACGAAAAUGGCAAUAAUCCUAAUAUCGCGUUUCUCCCUAAGACGCAUGCAUCACGCAAAUAAUUUCGUCUGUGUAUUCCACCUUCAUCCUCUCUUUCCCUAGCAGGGAAGGAGAGAUAAUGUCUUGUUCUGCCUCAUUCUUACCAUUAUCAUUCGUCAUGAAUAAUACCUGCAACAUCCCCUUCCCAUUAUUUGGAGUACGUCAUUGUGGCAUUUCCUCGUGUGUUCUCUCUCCCUUUUCUUUUCCCUUUAUUCCCCCGUCCCAAGUCCGCCAUCGGCUUUUUCUGUGUAGUUACUGUACCCCCGUCAUCGGUCAUUAUUACCCCCCCUUGUCCUCUCUUUUUGUUCUCGCAGCCUCCUGUUAUUCCCAUCUCGCGGUAUUCAAGCCCGUCCUGCUCUUGCUGUCUUUUUGUUUUCUUGACCUGUGUUUUGCCUAUGCAUCCAGUGUUAGAUGCAUGUAUGUACUAAACUACCAUUCAAUCCCAUUCUCAUGACAUAAUAUUAAAUCCCCUGCAUUCCACUUUUUUUUUCGUUCUUGGAUAUAUUAUGUUUUUGUAUAUACUCAUCGUAUGGACU